GCUACCGGCAAGGCUCCCGGGCGAUUUUAUUCUAGAUAAAUGUGCAUACCAUUGCCCGUCUAUAGUGUAUGUCAACAUUUUCAACGUUAAUUCCAAAUUCAACCCACCAUGGUCUCCAAAAACACCCCUAUCAUAAUUAUUGGAGCCGGCGCAUUCGGCCUCUCCACGGCCCUUCAUCUCGUCCGGAGCGGAUAUAGCAACAUCACCGUUUUUGAAAAGGAUGAUCAAAUCCCCCCAGUCUACUCGGCCGCCAAUGAUCUUAAUAAAAUCGUUCGCGCUGAAUACGAGGAUCAGUUUUACACCGAUUUAGCCAUUGAAGCAGUUCAAGCUUGGAAAACACCACUCUUUGCCCCGCAUUUUCACCAAACCGGUUUCCUGCAUUGCGUCUCCGGAAAUGCGCCGGAUAAAGCAAAAGACACAUUGAAGAGAUUUCAAGAUGCUUCUAAUAACCACCCUUAUCUCAAACCGCAUGUCGUGCCAUUGAACGGAAAACAUGAUAUUCGUCAAUUGUUCUGGCAGUGUAAUGGCCAGGUACCGGGGUGGAAAGGAUACAUGAAUCGGUUUGAUGGGUAUGCGCAUUCAGCAAACGCACUAGCUGCCGUACACAGGGAAACACAAGCUUCUGGCGUAAGAUUUUUCCUUGGUGAACAUGGAACAAUUUCACGUAUCGUGUAUAAGGACGGAAAGUGUACCGGGGUUAGGACGAAGAGCGGUAAAUUCCACGCUGCUGAGCUGGUUAUAGUGGCUGCAGGUGCUGCAGCCGCCAAGCUGGUCCCUGAAGUAGGAAGUCAGGUCGUCGCAAAGUCUUGGUCUAUUGCACAUGUACAUCUCACGGACGAGGAGACAUCGGCGUUGCGAGGUAUUCCUGUCACAUACGCCCGGGAUCUAGGGUUCUUUUUCGAGCCUGAUCCGAAGACAAACCUGCUGAAGUUGUGUCCUAUGGGAGGUGGGUAUAUCAACACUGACACAAAAACAGGGGUAUCGCACGCUCCUGAAUCUCUAGAGACUAGUGCAUUCAUGCCGCAUGAGGAUGAACUCCGAGUGCGUCGACUGCUUGCGCACACGCUGCCGAAGUUGGCGAAUAGACCGCUUGUGCGGAAGUCUCUGUGUUGGUUUGCAGAUACAAAAGACUCGGACUUUAUUAUUGAUUAUGUGCCGAAUACUGCAUCGUCUGUUGUGUUGCUUUCUGGGGACUCGGGACACGGGUUUAAGAUGUUCCCGAUUGUAGGUGACUGGGUGAGGGUGUUGCUUGAGGCACCGGAUAAGAAGCAGGCUAUUGCUAGAUGGCGGUGGAAGGAAUCUAAUGCAAAAGAAGAGAAGGAGAAUUGGGGUGGAGAUGUGAGCUGGAGGCUAGGAGAGUCGAGGGAAUUGAAGGAUAUUCUUCCGGGGAAGACAAAGCUGUGAUUCCUUUAUAGCUAUCUGAAAUUUGCGUGCAUCUUAUAUUAUUCAUUACAUGAACAGCGCAUUUGCUCGAAACUAAUUUGACUAGUACCCA